AGCGGCCAAGUGAAUGAUUCACACUAGGCUGCAAAACGCUUGCUUCAACCUCUUCAAAACCUUGGAACUGGAACUUUGACCCCGGGCUCCUGCCGACUAGCUUGUGCGUCUAUACCAAUGGCGGAAGAAAAUAGACCAAAAGUUGGGGUUGGCGUCGUCAUCCACGAUGGCGCAGGCAACAUUGUCAUGGGUGAGAGGGCCGGCUCUCAUGGCGCUGGUACCAUGCAAUGUCCCGGCGGACAUCUCGAGUAUGGCGAGACUUUUACCGAAUGCGCUAAGCGGGAGGUUCUGGAAGAGACUGGGCUGGAGGUUGGAGACAUCAAAUUUCUGGUUGCUACCAAUGAUGUCUUCGGGGAGGGAAAGCAUUACAUUACCAUCUUCGUAACGAGCGUAAUCGUCGGCGAGAACAAGGUUCCUCAGCCGCUCGAACCUCACAAAUGCGCGCGGUGGGAUUGGAUAUCAUGGAGCACGAUGUGGCAGUGGGCGAAGGAACAGGCGGAGGCUGAAGCUGAAGGAAAAGAGGUCAAGAAGAGGAUGUUCCUGCCGCUCGUGAAUCUUUACCGAGAUUAUCCUGAGAUGGAGCGUUGUCUGGAAGACCUAUGAGCGCUGUUAGCUUGAGUGAUUACAGCAACGAUGUGGGAUGAGGGAUGAGAGUCUGAAUGAAAGAGAGUUUGGACUCGAACACCUACAAUGGGAACAGCAUUCCUAGGACGUUUCUAGUGGACUGGUGAAAAGAAAGCCUCAUCUGUGCCGG